AGAGCAUGCAUAGCAUAGCAGCUGUGCAUGUGCUUGUCUAUUUACAUGCAAUGCAUGUGCAGUGCUAGUGCAGACUGUCGACUGUGCACUGUUCAUAUGUGCUGAGGUCCUUUGAAGACAGUUUGUGAAAUAUAUAGUUCUGUUUUCAGCUUAAAAUUUCUCUUCUCAGAUAAAAAUGACUCGACAAGCCCGGAAACGACACCAUCGGGGAUACACACACAUCAAGAAAAAGUACAGAACAAAAAGGAAAACCAAGGACUUGGAUGAAAUUGACGAGGAUUUGAAACCCCGAAAUGCGGAAAGAUUGCUGCAUCAAAAAAUAGAUUUUGACAAGCCUGGAUCAGCACAACAUUACUGUCUUCAUUGCGCGAGAUACUUCAUUGAUGAGUCUGCAAUGAAGGAUCAUUUUCGAAGCAAGACACAUAAACGGAGAUUGAAAGCGCUCGAGUUGGAGCCCUACACACAGAAAGAAGCCGAAGCAGCUGCAGGGAUGGGUUCAUAUCAACCACCUAAGAAGAGAGUAAUGGUUACCCAACAGGCGACACAACAGGAUGUGAAUAUGGAUGAAGACAAGAGGGACCAAACAUGAUCCUUGGGGAACACUUCUGGAAAUCAGUCAAAUGAACAAUGAUCCCUCUACGGGUAACACAGCAAAAAUUUUAGUUUGACUGAAUAAAUGAAGAGACUACAUUCAUGAUGCAAUACUUUCAAAGAUCAAUGUAAUCAUGAAUUAUAAAUGCAGACCAAGACAAAAACUAGAUGUUUGUGAGAGAGAGGCCUAACCUAAAAUGGUUCUUUAAUAAGUGAUGUAAAAGUAAAAUUGCUUAAGUAGACCUUACAGAAGUCAAAUGUUUGACCAUAUUCAAGCAAUACCAGAUAGUGCAAAAUAUAUGUUCCUCUUCUACAUGUAAGUCAAACAGAUUUUAUAUGGUUCCAAGUGAUUGGAUGUGUAUUUGCACAUUUUUUGGUUCAUGUCCAUCCACACCCACCCUAUACAUGUAUGUGCAUGUACCUGUCACAUGUUAAAACCGAUCUAGCAUUGCCCCUAUUUCAUUUGGAAGAAGGAAAAGACAUUUAUUGUUUGGUAAGUUGUGGAAAACUCGACACUGAUAAAAUAUUUUUUUAAACCAAAUUUUCCCUACAAUUAACUUCCGUGGAACCCUUUGCAUGAAUCAUAUGGGCCAUUCACAUUGGCCAUCACAUUUCACAAUCGUUUGUAAUCCAUUUAUAUAAGAAAUAUACAGGGACCACGGAACUGGGGGGGAUGUUCAGCCCCCUCCCGCACACUUUUUUCCAAAACCGUAUACAAAAACCUGUUUGUGAUAUUUUGCAUGGUCACCCCCCCCCCACUUACAUGUAAUUUUGACUCACCCCCCCCCCCCCCAAUUUUCGAAACCAUUCUGCAGCCCCUGCUAUAAAAGAAUUGUUCAAAGAUUUGAUUAUCAAAGAAUUCAAUUAGAAAAAAAUGUUUAUAAAGGGGAUGUCCAAUAAAUCAGGAAUUAUGAUAUUACACUUUUCACGGGAAUUCAUGAAGUUCCCCAUUACCUUCUGUGAUGCGUAAUAUCUCAUUUUUAACAACUGAGCAAGCUUAAAGAUUAAUUUUCAUCUGGGGAGCGUUUCAUAAAGGACUUGUCAGACGUUUUAUCCGACAAGUCCUUAUUUUAUCUGACAGUUGCCAUAGUAACAGUGCUUCUUAGCCAAUCAACAUCAAGGAAAGCUGUCAGAUCUGACAACACGUCGGACUAAAAUGUUGAUGAAACACUCCCCUGAUUUAGAUGAUAUUUUCAGUGUUCUACCCUGCCUGAUUGAUCUCUCUUCAUAUGUCGUACAUUGGAUUUUAAAGAAAUUAAAGCUUAUUUUGAAUAAAUUGCAAGAAACACA